CUCCUGGGCUUUCAGUGUUGACGCUCUUACUUUCGGAGCGCCAAAUUUGAAAGUUCCGCCAUUUUAAAGGAAAAGUGCUUCUGCAGGUAUCGGGAUUUAAACUGGUGACGGCUCCAAUAGAGCUAAGGCUAGAUCAGGAUGCCACCGGGCACCAAAGGUGAUCCAUCGGAAGUAACGCCACCUCUCCCCUGCCUUCCUAGUGCUGAAGGGGAUGCUAUUAAAGUUUUUGUCCGGAUCCGUCCUCCAGUGGAGGGAAGCCUGACUGGAGUGGAUGGGGAACAGGGUUUAUGUCUUACAGCCCUAUCUUCCAACACAAUCCGCCUCCAUUCCAAACCUGAGCCAAAAAUAUUCACCUUUGAUCAUGUUGCAAAUAUAGAUGCAACUCAGGAAUCCGUAUUUUCAAGUGUGGCAAAAAAUAUUGUUGAAUCUUGCAUGAAUGGGUACAAUGGGACCAUCUUUGCUUAUGGGCAAACUGGCUCAGGGAAGACAUUCACCAUGCUGGGGCCUUCUGAGUCUGAUAAUUUUACACACAACCUCAGGGGAGUUAUUCCUCGGAGUUUUGAGUAUCUAUUUUUCCUAAUUAAUCGUGAAAAAGAAAAGGCUGGAGAUGGCAAAAGCUUUUUGUGUAAGUGUUCUUUUAUUGAGAUCUACAAUGAACAGAUAUUUGAUCUAUUGGAUUCAGCUUCAGCAGGACUGUUCCUAAGAGAACAUAUAAAGAAAGGAGUGUUUGUUGUAGGAGCUGUUGAACAGGUGGUAACUUCUGCUGCUGAAGCAUAUCAGGUUCUGUCCAUGGGUUGGCGAAACAGGCGUGUGGCUUCUACCUCAAUGAACAGAGAAUCAUCCAGAUCGCAUGCCGUUUUUACUGUCACCAUUGAAUCCAUGGAAAAAACCAAUGAUAUAGUUAACAUCAGAUCCUCACAGCUCAACCUGGUAGAUUUAGCAGGGUCAGAAAGACAAAAGGACACUCAGACUGAAGGAGUCAGACUAAAGGAGGCUGGAAGUAUAAAUCGUUCACUGAGCUGCCUGGGUCAGGUAAUAACAGCCUUGGUGGAUGUGGCAAAUGGCAGACAGAGGCACAUUUGCUACAGAGACUCUAAACUUACAUUUCUCUUGCGGGAUUCUCUUGGCGGCAAUGCAAAAACCUUUAUCAUUGCAAAUGUUCAUCCUGGAUCGAAGUGCUUUGGGGAAACUUUAUCUACUUUGCAGUUUGCACAACGGGCGAAGUUAAUUAAAAACAAGGCUGUUGUUAAUGAAGACACUCAAGGGAAUGUGAGUCAGCUGCAAGCAGAGGUGAAGAAGCUGAAGGAACAGCUUUCUCAGCUCCUUUCCGGACAGAUGCCAGGGGAUAUUUCUGUUGCCAGAGCACCCUCUGUUGGUGAUAACAAUAUGGACUAUAUGAAUAACUUUAUUGAAGCCAUGAUGCUUCUCGAAAGAUCGGAUAGUGAAAAAAAGGCUUUGCUACAGAAAGUAGUCCAGUUGGAAGAUCUCUGCAAUAAGAAAGAAAAGUUCAUCCAGUCCAAUAAGAUGAUUGUUAAAUUCAGGGAGGACCACAUUUCUCGUCUUGAGAAGGCUCACAGGGAAGGACGGAUUUCAUUAUCCAAUAAUGAACAAGAUGACUUUAUAGCAGAGCUUAAGGAGGAAAUACGUACUUUAAAGGAACAGGUUGAACACCAUCCACGAGUGGCUAAGUAUGCACAGGAGAAUCAUAGUUUAAGAGAAGAGAAUAAGCGCCUUCGCUCCCUUCAGUCUGUCAAACGUGCACAAGAAGUCAAUGCGCAAAUGGUUGCAGAACUUGAAAAAGCUUUCUUGGAGGCAUCUGCAUCUGAAAAAGAUAGACAUGUUGCACCAUUGCACUCCACUCCUAUACAGAUGGACAACAACUCCUUGAUGUCAGCAGCAAGAAUGAGAGAACGAAUGCUGCAACUUGAGAGUGAGCUGGCAACAUCAAAGCAAGAAUAUGAAGAGUUCAAAGAACUGACCAAAAAGAAGCAGGUUGAACAAGAGUCAGAGCUUCAGUCCCUCAUGAAGUCCAAUCAGCAUGUUGAAAAUAUUCUAGAGGCUAUCAAAGCUAACAAGAGGCAUGAGGUCUCACAGCUUAAUCGAAUGCAUGCUGAAACAAUAAAGAAUAUGACUACUCCAACAAAAGCAUACAAUUUGAGAUCGAGACUAGUGCCCCGUAUGAGUCCAGAUGCCAUGCCAAAUGGCCUGACAGAUACACCCAAAUCUGGAGAUUCUCUGCAUGACAUCAUCAAUGAACCCAUACCUCCAGAGAUGAGUGAACAAGCUUAUGAAGCUAUUGCUGAAGAGCUUAGAAUGGUGCAGGACCAAGUAACCGAUCUCCAAGCUAAACUUGAUGAGGAGGAAAGCAAAAAUAUAAAGCUUCAACAGCAGGUUAAUAAGCUGGAACUCUGCUCUUCACAAUUUCAAGAGCUGUUUAACUCUGAACGAUCCAACUGGAAUAAAGAGCAACAAACACUUACUGCACAGAUUAAAUCACUUGAAAAGCAACAGCAGGACAACAAAAACCAGGAAGAUGUUUUGAAAAGUGAGGUACAUGACUUGCGAGUGGUGCUUCAGUCUGCAGACAGGGAGCUGGUAGCUGUCAAGGGAGAGUACCGCUUAUUCAGAGAAAAACAAGAGAAGGAACUUAGCCGGUUGUCUGCCAGACACAUGGAUGUCCAACUGCAGUUGGAUAAUGUCAGAUUAGAGCAUGAAACCCUACUAGAAGCGAAGCGUUCGCUUCAGGAUGCCUUUGAUAAUCUGGAGGAAGUUAUGAAAUUUGAAACCGACCAGCUAAAACAGGAGAUCUCAGACAGUAAACAUGAAAAUGAAACCUUAAGAGCUGAACUUAGUAAUCUUUUGGAGCUGUUAGAGACAGAAAAAGAAAGGAGACAAAAGCUCACAUCUCAGCUUGAAGAAGAUAAAGAAAGCAAGACAAAAGAACUGUUGCAAGUUGUGGAUGAAAAUGUGCAUCUUAGAAAGCAGUGCUCGGAGCUGGUGACUAAGUGUGAGCAACAGGUUACAGAGCUUCAUAGACUGGAGUACACCUUGACUUCUUCCAAAGAAAUUUUAGCAGAUUUGGAAAAGAAAAACAUAGCAGACAAGGAGGUUGUUGCUGAUCUUAUGAACCAGAUUCAAGUUCUCAGAACAACUAUUAUUCACAAGACAGAGUCUAUAGAUUUGCUGACAAGAGAGCUUGAAGAUAUUAAUAGCAAAUACAGUUGUGUUCUGUUGGCCAAAGAGGAGAGUAAGACUGCUAUUGAAGAGCAAGAAAAGCAAAUUGAGGAGCUAAAAGAGAGCCUGGAAAGAAAGCAAUCUGCUGAUAAUAUUGAGAAAGAACUUUUAUGUGAUGACUUGGCUCAUGCAACUGAAGAGCUGGGGAAACUAACAGAAGCUUUUAACAAGCAGGAAGCCCUGCUGCACACUCACGAAAAAGAAUUAGUUGAAAAAGAACAGCUAAUCUCAGAACUAACCAACCAGGUUAAACUAAUGACAGACCUUGAAAUCACAAAGACUGAGCAACAGAAUAUAAAGCCUGCACGCAGCAAUAGCAGUUCACCUGUAAAUCUCCCACAGACCCCCAGAACACCGAUGGGAAAUCCAUAUGAAUCUGAAAUUGCAAAUCUCCGCAACAGAAAUACUAACUUAGAAACCCUUGUAUCUGAACUUAAUGAGGAAAGAACUUCUAAGAAUGAGGAAAUCAUAAGACUUAAGAUGCAGUUGUGUGAAACAGAGAACAUGCGCCUAGAGAUACAGAACUUACAGGGGAUGUGCCAAGAGCUGAAAAGCCAACUGGAAAACUGUAAAAAGGGGAUGAGAGACAGCAAUGACCAGAAACCUUCUGACAUGCAAGAUCUAAAAAGGGAAAUGGAAAAAGAAGUUUCAGAAAGAAUGGAAAAGGGUAAAGCUACAGAGAACAUUCUGAAAUUACAAGCAGAGUUAGAAGAGACCCGAAACCUUCUUUGUGCUAAAGACCAUUCACUUAAUGAGCUAAACAAGGAAAUUGAGAGGACAAGAGCUUUAGAAGCUAAGGCCUUCACAGAGAAAGAAGAGAUCAGAUCCAUUUUAGAAGGGAAAUAUGAGGAGACAGAAAAGCUUUCACAGGAGCUUGAUAUGUUAAGAAAGCAAAUCUCAUUCCUUGCUGAAGAAAAUGGCAAAAUUCUUGGUCACCAGAAUCCAAAUCAGAAGAUCCAGUACCUUGUAAAACUUAAGAAGGAGAAUAACAAACUUAUGGAGGAAGCGGAAAAACUGCGCAUUGAGAAUGCUUUCCUCAAAGAAACAACAAAAAUGUGAACACUACGUUUGAUCUGUCAAGAGAAAGUUCUACAUAUUAUAAGCAUUUUAAGACACGCAGAGCAGGCAAAGUGGAUGUAAGGCUUAUUUAUGGGCUGCAGUUACAGCUACAUUCCACUUUCAGUAUAUUUGUGUGCAUUAGGUUCAGCACAGAGUAUCAUGAGUUUAUUGUAAAACACAUGGCAAGUAAGAGAUACAUAGUACAAGCUUGUUUGUUUCAGAUUUACAGUAAACAGUGACGUGACUUAUUAAUUAUAAAGCUAAAGUUAAUGAAAAUAUUGAAAAUGUUAUAUAUUGACUGCAAUCAUUUUUCAGUCUGUGCUAAUCGAUGUAAGAUGACAGUAGAGAGAAAGUAUUUGCUCCUUGUGUGCAUUGCUCUGUUUUUCAGAGUUUAACACCAUAUGACCAUACUCCUUUACGAUCCCCAAACACAACGCUGGCAACACUGAUUUCUUGAAAGGACUUAAAGGAACAG